UGUGCCUGUUUUCUCUGGCAUUUUCUCCUUUUUCAUACGAGGCGCACGACACGCGCGGAACAGCCAGGAGCCAGCCUUCCAAUUCCAACUCCUCGGGUCUUUCCCCUCUCGUACUCCGCCGGGCUUGUACUAGUGCGCGUUCGUCGCCCGUCGCCUCCGUUUCAACCCCACCUUCUCGCCGGGCGCGCUCGCUCCCCUCCAGAUCCCCGGCCGCCGGCGCGCGGGCCGGCUCGGUUGGACUCGGUCUUCCGCGCCGCGCGCCGCGCGCGGCUGUCGUUCGCGGGGAUGCGGUGGGGCGGUGCGCUGCUCCUGGUGGCCGUCUUCGCCGUGGUCGCCGUAGCAAAGGAUAGUGCGGAUACGCUACCAGUCGAAACAAAUGGUGAUGGCUCUAGUGCACAGUCAGGUGUUGAGAAUUUAGAACACCAUGAUGAACCAGAUCCUAAUAAAGAGCAUGUGGCCCACGAGAAUGGAGGAGUCAAGAAUGAUAACAGUGGGAACAAUAAGAAGGAUAACUCAACAGAAGGAACCAACAUCAGAAGAGAUGACUCAAUACCGCAGCCAAAGAACAAAGAUAACAGCGGAACAAAAUCUUCACAAGCAAAAGAUUUCUUGCAAGAUCCUCUUAUUAUGGGGUGUGAUCCGUCACAUAGAUGUAUUAUUGAAAAUAAGAAAUUCAUCGGCUGCUUAAAAGUUCCGGGAGAAGAUUCACUAGCUCUCUCACUUCUGAUGGACAACAAAGGCGUGGACCCACUUGAUGUUAGCAUCACAGCUCCGGAUUAUGUUAGUUUAGCUGAAGAUACUGUCCAUGUUGAAGCAAAUGGUCAUAAUGAGGUCAGGGUUUCCAUCAGUGAUGCUGCAAACAGCACGGCCAUAAUCCUCAAAGUUGCAGGAGAAUCCUGUACUGUUAACAUUCACAGUGCAAUCACAAGGGAGACUGGCAGAGUCAUACGGAUGCCGUUUACCUCAACAUACGCGCUGGUACCUGUCUUUCUUCUCCUUGCUGUGGUGGGAGUGUGCAUCAAACUUCGGAGGAUGCGCAAGCAAGAUGGUGGCCCUGCAUACCAGAAGCUCGACACAGCUGAUCUACCGGUUUCGACUGGAGGUAAGAAAGAACACAAACAAUCUGAUAAGUGGGACGACAAUUGGGGAGAUGACUGGGAUGAUGAGGAAGCGCCGAUGACACCAUCCAAACCUAUGCCCAACCCAUCCUCCAAAGGUCUCGCUCCAAGGAGAUCGACAAAAGAUGGCUGGAAAGAUUAGUUAACAAAAUGAUGUCAUUUAAAGGAGCAUUGUGGAAAUAGUUCCAAUGCAUAGACCAUCUUUUUGUCUUCCUUUUUAAGGAAAAUCUUGUGCUGUUCUCCUUCUGGUUAGAUUUAUGGAGGAUGCUAUAUCAGAGAGACAGACCGCGAUACAUUGAUACCAUGCAGAAAAUUUUGUAUGCUCUUGUGCCAUUUUAAGUUACUUGUGAAUAUAGUUUUUCUCAGGUGCAUUUCUAUCUUGUCUGAGGCCCUAUUUGGACUGCAAGGAUGUUGAUGAUAUGCUAGACUAAGAAUAAUAAAAUUGUCUUUGUAUA